GGCCAUUUUACAAAGUUUUUCGUUGGUUGCACACGAGGGAUCGAGGUUGUCGGCUACGUCAUGAUGGGCAGUUCCGUCUCCAGCUGCAUCUCAUCCUUCCUGAUUGGUCGGCUGAUGAAGUGCGUCAGCAGGUUUGCACUCUUCAUCGUUGGGGGCGCUACUUACCUGCUGGUACUAGUUUUCAUGUUGGUCUGGGACCCUGACCAGGGCAGAUUGUGGCAUCUCGUUCUGAUGGCUGUGGCGGUUGGCUUUGCGAGAGCAAGCAUUGCUACGAUAAGCUCAACUCUUUUGGGAAUGCUGUUUGUAUGUCAACAAGAGGCAGCGUUCGGCAAUCUGUGCUUCUGGCAGUCCCUGGGCUCCGCCGCCAUAUUGGCCCUUGGUAUCCCACAAUCCAUGUGUGCCUACCACGUGAUCUCAAUCGUCAUGUGCAUCCUCGUGUUCGCCCUGGGCAUGUACUGUUUGCUGGAGCUGCGAUUGAAGCGAGAGCAGACACCAGGCGAGAAGAAGCCUGAGAAGGAGGCUGAGGGGAAAGAAAUGACGACAGAAAUGUUGGCCAUUGCAGAGCCGACCAACAACGAAAUAUCAAUCGACUGAUGAUAUGUAGAGAUCCCUAUCAUACCUAUGAACCUAUCCAGGGGCUGUCUAGUAUGCAGCUUUUACCAUGAGCCGAGGUUAGCACCGGUGACUCGCUUUGCGCGCGCAGAAUGCAUAUUUAUGAAUCAUGGCGGUAAAGGUACCCAUAAUGCUUCCCGUUUAUUUUUUUGAAUGAAAUGAGUCGCCCCGAUCACCAUUCGAUAUUGCAGUUGGUACGAGCAGCAUAACAGCAUACACCGAAUAGCUCUUUGUGCAAGAAUUCGUUUCAGUUGAAAAUUGAAACAAAAAUGUGUUUAUAUUUAAAAACCAAACAUAAUUAUAAACAUUAACUGACUCCAAUUUACAAAUAGAGCUUCUGUCAAGCUGAUUAUAACAUGCUGUAUUCGUUUUCAAAUUUUACAUUUUAAACUUUUUGAAAUUAAAGUUUAAUUUAUUUACUGCAACACAGUGAUUGUUAUAUUUUUAAAUUAUCAAAUGUUUACUACAACACGGUGACUGUUAAAGUUCAAGGGGCUCUCG